AUGAUUCUCGAAAGAGUAAUAGAUGAGACAGCGGGCUUCGAUGACUUUAAGAAGUUCUGGAGACUGAGACUCGUUAACAAGGAGUUUAAUUCCAUCUUCAGUAGUGACUAUGCUCAUCGUCACUUCCCAAAAAGACCAUGUACGAUUCAGCUUGUCGAAGACUACCUAGGAGGAUUAGCUUUUAUGGAGAUCCGAUUUCUCAUUGAACUCAGGGAUGAUGCGUCAUGUGCAUCAUUUUCCUGGUUGGACGAAGUACCAGAGGAAGUAGCGGAAGAAGCAGCAGAAGAAGUAGCGGGUAAAACAGUCUCAAGAUUAUCCAAUAUCAAAUGGGAAGAUGUCCCAGGGUACUUCAGAGGGAAACCGUUUAGAAUAAAUUCUGUAGAAGUUACUCGUUACUGUGGUAGACCAGCUUCGCUUAUAACCCACGCCAUCAGAGAAUUGGCAAAUCAAGCUUCCGAAAGCUUUGAUUUGAACUUCUUGUCCCUCUAUUUGGUCGGUCCGUAUACGCCAGAAACACAUAAGGAGGUAAUUUUGAACGAGCUGAUAGGUGCUGUUCACGCUAGCAAAAUCCGUUUCGACUAUCGACGUUGCUGA